AUGGCGUACGAACCAUCCUAUGAAGACAAGCGGGAUUUCGAGGAGGCCACCAGAGGCUUCAUAGCGGCACUGAAACCGGGCCUGAUCACGACCAGCGAGGGUAAAAAGGUGUGGGAUAUCGAUGAGUACGCCUUUGUUGAGAAUGAGUGUCCACCAACAGCCAACCCCAAGCUAUGGAGACAGGCCCAACUCAACACGAAGCAAGGGCUGUUCGAGGUUGCUCCAGGCAUUUACCAGGUGCGCGCCCUAGAUCUCUCCAACAUCACCAUCGUUGAGGGCAAGGAAGGGAUCAUCAUCAUCGAUCCUCUAAUCUCGUGUGAGUGUGCUGCUGCUGCGCUGGGUCUUUACCAAAGCCAUCGUGGCAAGGGGAGGCCUAUCACUGGCAUGAUCUACUCUCAUUCCCACGGUGACCACUACAUGGGAGCCCGAGGCGUUGUUCUCGAGGAUACAAAGGUGCCCAUCAUUGCGCCGGAAGGGUUCUUGGAGGCUAUCGUGAGCGAGAGCGUCCUUGCUGGUCCAGCAAUGCGUCGACGUGGCGCAUUCAUGUACGGGAAUGCUCUCCCUCGCGGCCCCAAGGGCCAGAUCGGCGUUGGCUUGGGGAUGGGGUCCAGCACGGGUUCCACAUCGCUCAUACCACCCAACAUCUUGAUCCAGAAGACUGGGGAGGAGCAUGUCAUAGAUGGCGUCCGCAUUGUCUUUCAGAUGGUCCCAGGAACGGAAGCUCCGGCAGAAAUCAACUUCUACUUUCCAGACUUCAAGGCGUUAUGCGUGCCAGAAACAGCUACCAACUGCAUGCACAACAUUGUAACUCUUCGAGGUGCACAAGUCAGAGACGCGAAGGCAUGGUCUACCUACCUCGACGAGGCGAUCAUGCUUUUCUGCGGUGACUGCGAUGUUGUCUUUGGAAGCCACAACUGGCCGACCUGGGGAAACAAGGAACUCAUCACUCGACUGUCUGAGCAGAGAGAUAUGUAUGGGUACCUACAUGACCAGACUGUGCGCAUGAUGAAUCUCGGCUUGACGGGAGUUGAGAUUGCCGAGCGGAUACGUAUGCCUCCGGCCAUCUCAUCUGCUUGGCACUGUCAAGGGUACUACGGAUCAGUGAGCCAUAAUGUCAAGGGAAUUUAUCAAAAGUACAUGACCUGGUUUGACGGGAAUCCCGCACAUCUAUGGCAGUAUCCCCCCGCCGAAGAAGGCCAGAGAUAUGUAGAGUGCAUGGGAGGAGUUGACGCUCUAUGCGACAAGGCUGAACAGUUCAUUGCCCGGGGAGACAAUCGCUUUGCCGCGACAUUUGUUGCUCAUGCCGUUGCUGCAUAUCCCGAGAACCUCAGAUCCAGAACUCUUCUAGCGACGGCUUAUGAGAAUCUAGGCUUCGGUGCAGAGAACGCUGUCUGGCGCAAUUUCUACCUGACCGGUGCCCAGGUACUCAGGACCGGGAAAGAUACCGGCAUGGUGGCUGGAGGCAAGAGCACGUUGGGCCCACAGCUCAGCGUCGGGCAGUGGUUCGAGAUCUUGUCGGUUCAGGUAGAUGGAGAGAGGGCUGCGUGCAAGUCGUUCAACAUCGAGUUCGAUGUCACCGAUGUAGACGAGAGGUGGAGGUUGAUCAUGAGCAACGGUGUCUUGACCCCCCGUCUCAUACGCCCCUCGGUGGCAUCAAAGGGUCGAGAGGGCUCUGGGAGCCGGGCUGACCUGUCCAUGUCCCUCACUCGACUACAGCUCCUAGAAGUCUUGCGCGGUAAGGAUGUUGACGCUGCGAAACAAGACGGGGAUAUUGCCAUUAUGCGCGAGCUGUUAGACCUGACUUCGGUUCCGACAGACUCGGUUCGCGGGCCAGCUCAGUUGUAA